AUGACGCCCAAGUCCAGGGUUUGGCGAAAGAAAAGCGAGGGAUUAGAAAUUACGACUAAAGGGUCUAAAGAGCUCCCUGGUCGACGAAGAGUUCACGUAAUGGUCGCUAUUGCUUAUGGGAAAGGAGUUGUGCUACGAGUACCGUACACAAAAAUGGACGGUCCAUUUUUUGCACAGUUUAUCAAAGAGCAUUUCCGUAUAGCUUUUGCCCGGGCAGGUCCUAAACAAAAAGGAAGGCGUUUAUUCAUAAUGGAUAAUGACCCUUGCCAGACAAGUAAAGUGGCAAUGAAAGCUCUUGAAGAUAUCGAAGCAGAAAUGCAUGUGAUACCUCCACGUUCUCCCGAUCUAAACCCUAUAGAGAACAUGUUCCAUCUUGUGAAAAAUGACUUACAGCGCCAAGCUAUUUGCGAGUAUCACGGCUGA